UUAUUUUGAAACAGGAUGUACAUUAGCUAUGUAGCUUACAGGGAUAAUUGACGGAAACUAAAUCCGCCACUGGCUUUCUAGUCAUUUUCCUCAUGAACGAAUUGAAACGGGCAGCAAGGUCAAGGCCCUGAGGGGGAGAUGACAAAGGAGGAUGUUUCAGAGCCUGUCGAGGGAGACCCUGUGCUGGGCUGGGCCUCUUCCCAUCAGCGUCCGGUUAUCCACCAGGUGGCCUCUGCACCUAUGCCCAGUGACUGUGAGUUCUCCUUCUUUGACCCCAGUGAGCCGCAGUGCAGGGAGGUUCUUCUGGAUCCCAGCACCACCAUACCAGAGCUGUUUGCUGUCCUCAGGCAGUGGGUGCCCCAGGUUCAGAAGAACAUUGACCUCAUCAGCAAUGAGAUCCUAAAGAGAGGCUGCGGUGUGAAUGAUCGAGACGGUCUGACAGAUAUGAGCCUCCUUCACUACUGCUGCAAGGCUGGGGCCCCAGGCAUCGGUGAUGCAGAGACAGCAGCCAGCUUUGCCAGACAGCUCCUUUCCCUGGGUGCUGAUCCCAACCUUCGGUCACGCUGGACUAACAUGAGGGCGCUGCACUACGCUGCCUACUUUGAUGUGCCCCAGCUUAUCCGGGUGGUGUUGCAGGCCUCCCAGCCUGGAGAGGUAGAUGCCACCUGUAGUGAUUUUGACUUUGGCACCGCCCUACACAUCGCUGCGUCCAACCUGUGUAUGUCAGCUGUCAAAUGUCUCUUGGAGCUGGGAGCCAACCCUGCCUUCAGAAAUGAAAAAGGGCAGUGCCCAGCAGAUGUGGUGCCUGACCCUCUCGACAUGCCCUUGGAGAUGGCAGAUGCAGCCGCUGUGGCCAAAGAGCUUCGCGCUCUGCUGAGACAGGCUUUACCCAGACCCAGCUCCCCUCUGCCCCUUACACUGCAAGCCCAGUCCCUUCCUGCUGUCUCGGAUAAGGCCAGGAUACAGCUCGCCAACAUGGGAAUCCGACUCGGUGACCGUGUGGUAAUUGCUGGACAGAAGGUUGGAACCCUGCGGUUCUGUGGCAGCACUGAGUUCUCUGGAGGCCUCUGGGCCGGAGUGCAGCUUGACAAACCGGAGGGGAAGAAUGAUGGCUCAGUAGCGGGGGUUCAGUAUUUCACCUGUCGAAUGAAACAUGGUAUCUUUGCUCCCCUCUCUAAGAUAAGCAAACCUUUGGAAAGACAUAAAAGCAGCACCACCAAGACGUCUACACCCAUACGCCCCCCUCGUCGCAUUGACCUGUCCCGCAUCACCUCCAAGAUAAACACGGGUUUAUCUCCAUCUGUCAAAAAAACCCUUGAUAAUCAAAAAAGUCCACCUGGUCCCAAUCAGGGCACAGAGGGAGACGCCUCAGUGACAAAGACAGGUGCUCUCUCCCGCUCUCUCUCCUCUUCAUCCUCUUCCCUGGACUCUCGGCAUGGGCCAGGUGCCCGACCUCGUCCACUACCAAGGCAACGUCUUCCUGCCAGGCAGCGAAGACAGCGGGCUUCCUUGAGUCCCAGGACCACGCCCUCACUGGUCCUCCGCUCUUCUACUGAUACCUCUGCACUUACUACUGCAGGUCUUCGAAGCCGAACCCCCUCAACUAGUAGCUCUGUGUGUGGAGGCCCCGAGGUACGCCUGGGGGAGAGGGUUCUGGUGGUAGGCCAGAGGACCGGUGUAGUCCAAUUCUAUGGAAAGACCAGCUUUGCUCCAGGGCUCUGGUUGGGCAUUAGACUGGACAAGCCAAGCGGUAAGAAUGAUGGAUCAGUGGGAGGAGUGAGGUACUUCAGCUGCCCACCAAAGCAUGGCGUCUUUGCUCCUCCAUCUCGUGUUCAGAGGAUCCAUGGAUCUGUUGAUUGCCUUUCAGAGCUCUCCUCCUCACGCCUCAGCCAUCCAUUCAGCGGGACAAUCCGCCGCAGUUUCAGCACAUCAUCGGCCAUCGCAACCCCAAAGGAGACGAGCAGAAGAAGUCCUGUUACCAGAAGUCGUUCCAACCCUCACCGUCGACGCUGGAGCACCCUCAGCAGUGUUCCCGGGAGCACGGCAGUGUCCAGCCCCUUGCCCACCUCUGAAGGACAGGUCUGCCUCCAUGUGGGCAUGCAGGUCCUUCUCAGCAGUGCCAAUGAGAUGGCGUUCAUCCGUUACCUGGGCACAGCAGACUUUGCUCCGGGUCUUUGGCUGGGUCUGGAGCUCCGAAGCCCAAAGGGAAAGAAUGACGGCUCUGUGGGGGGGCGUCGUUACUUCACCUGUCGACCCGGCCACGGCGUGCUGGUCCGUCCCAGCAGAGUCACGUACCGUGGCAUCAACGGUUCUCGCUUGGUGAAUGAAAACAGCUGAGGACUGUAGGAACCAGAGUAGGGUGUGUUUUAUGAUUUUUUUCAAAGCAAAAGUUUUAAGUUUAAACUUCUUAUUAGCUUAUUCUUUUUGGUAUAGCACAUUUCUCAUUCAUAUAGUCCGUCCUCUGUACUCUUCCAGAGGUGGUGGACUUAAAGUAAUAAAAUCACACAUUAAUAGUUCACAUUUAAACUGCUAGAUUUAGUUUUUGUAAAAAAACAAGGGCAAAGAAAGCACUUUAAAAAAGUAGCAUGAAAUUCUUAUUUGAAUUUGUCAUGGCAGGAUGCAGGGGGAAAGUCUUAAUAAGACAUUAAACACUGCACUACUUCUAAUCUGAUUGCACUGAGAAACAUCAAUACGAUGGAUCAGAAUAAGAUAACCUGGAUGGUGUGGAUGUACACACAGGAAAACUGUUUCUAUAUCCCAAGCUAAUUUUGAUCAGAUCAAAUAAAGAUUUUUAUCAGAUAAUUUAGGUGGUAAUGUAGCCUACUCUCUAACCAAAAGGGUGCAUGUGUUUGUGAUUAUGUGCGCGUGUGUAUUAAUUAAGAGCACUUUGAGACAAGAGUGAUUUCUUUCCAGGGUCAUCAUAUGGCUUACAGAUAAUUGGAAGUUGAGUCAAAACUGUAUUUUCACUUUAUGAAUCAAUCUGAAUUAAUAGGGAUUUAAUUAAACCAAGACCUCUAUCAACCUCCAUCAGAAUACAGCUGCAUCAACAGAAGAUGUUUCCUCCUACUACAUCAGUCUCUGCCACAGAUGGUGUAAUAAUCCUACAUCGAUAAAUAAUGGUUAUAUUGGACAGCAAAAAACAUACAUCUUGCUCCUUUGGCUAUGAUUCAGUUAUGCAUAGACGCAGACUGUUAACAUUGUUGAGGCAGUGAUAUUUAGCUAAACUGUCACUUAAAUAACAAAUUGAAGGUUCCCUUGAUAAAUAUCUUAACUUCAGCUGGGAACAUCCUGACUUGUGUUCCUCCUGACUGCGCAUCAGAGCUCUCACAACAAUGUCUGUUUUUAGAAACUGAAUUUGGAAAAAAUCAGUUUGUAAUGUAAUAUCAAACGUGAUGACCUUUCGGUACAGUAUGGUGUCAUUACAUUUGUUGAAGACCCCAUUUCAGAGCAUUGCGUGUGGCAUAACUGUAUUUGACACUUAAUUAAAGCAGCAUCAUCAGAAGUUUCAAGGAUAGUUUGCUAUUUGAUUAGAGCUGUCUGGGCAACCCAGCAGAGAACAAGCCAUCGAUUGUGCAUGUGGAAAACAGGCCCACUGCUCAGUAAAACACUCAUGUACCAUCCAAUUAGGGCGUGUAGGCCACAACAGUAGCUGUAGAAUCUCCAAUGGCCUUCUCUCAUUGAUCUGUCUGGUCAGGCCCCCUAUGAUUGAAAAGCAGCAGUGGUCAGGGCCCAUGGUUGUCUGAAAUAUCUGACACAGAUGAAACGAGUGAGCGUUUUAAAAAUGCAGUCUUUCCGAAUUCCUAUUGAAACAUUUUAAACACUUUAUUUAAAAAAAAUGCUUAUUUGCAUAAAGGCCAUCUAUGUGAUCAUUUUAUAUGGCAUUUGUUAGUGUUCCACAUUUCAAAUCUUAUCUUUGAUAAAUUAAAUCUGCAAUCCCAAUUGCAUUACAGCAUGAGUGAUUUCAAAUUCCACUGAUGGAUAUGAAAGUUUUUGGCGCUUUGUUGGUGAGGGUAAUAGAUUGUUUUGUUUCUUUUCAUGAUAUUUCUGAUGUGUAUAUUUGAAGUAUGUGUGAGAGAGACAGGGAUUUGGACUAAUGCAUUUACAUGUUGUGGAAAAUAACAGUAUUUGUAAAAAAGGAAAUAAAAUAUUCUAUUCUAAUUUGACCUCUUA